AAAGCGAAAGAAAGGCCUUCCAAUACGAAUCAGACAGAUGGAAUACGUACGAUUAGGAAUUGCUAUGAAAAAGAAAUUGGGAUUAAGAUUAAAGUGAUGAAUGACCUUGCAUAUUUGAUUCUGGAGGCUUGGUUUGGUUCGUGGAAUGAACAAUCUAG